AUGACAAGCUCCUUUGCAGGCCCCGCCCAGGAUCGCUCUCGACUGCCCCCCACAGCCCCGCUCCCUCCAGGGGGAACCACGGCUCAGUCUCGGCGGACUCCGCCGUCCCAAGCGGGGGCGUCCGGGUCCCCGGCCUUCUCCCGGUCUCAGCGUCUCGUCACCCCGCUGCCAGGCGCCUCUGCGCUCAGGCCCUGGGGACCAGCUCCCCACGGGGCCGCUCCGGGCCCCUCUCCGCCGUGGGCUCCCCCACAGGCCACGUCCCCGCCCCUCCGCCCCCUGAGGGUCCUCGGGCCCUCACCCUCGCUCUCUAGCCAAGGGCCCUCGCCCACAGGCGCCGCGAGGAGGCUCCGCUGCUCCGGGAGCAUCCGCAGCUGCGCCCCAAGCGUUCGGGGCUCCAGACCUCGGCGCCCGCUUUUGGCGCGUCUGGGCGGCUUUUUGAGACUCUCCCGCCUGCUGCGGAGAACCGGCCCCCAGGCCGCUCAAGGCCACCCCGACUCUCCUCUCCGGGGGCGCACAGAGGAUCCCCUCGCUCCUCCUCCCUCGGGCACAACUGAGAAGGCGUCCCCCGCCCCAGCCCCAGCCCCUGGCGGGCUCGGGAGCCCCGCCGUCCAUGGCGGAAGCCCCGUCAGCGCGGGGCGAGCGGAUGGGGCGUCGGGCUCCCCUCCAGGUCUCCUGCGGCAGCCCCGGGCCGCGUCCGCCUCCUGGGGUCCGCUGCGCCUCCAGGCUCGUCCUCCCCUCGCGGGCAGAGCUUCGAGGGACGCUCACGCCAGACCUGCUCUGAGCAGCGCCCAAGUGCGUGGGCGGCGAGGUCUUCGGGGGCGCGAGGGUCCGCGCCGGGUCCCUCCGCCGAGCGGGUCGUGGCGGCGGCUGCACGGGCCGGCGCGGGAAGGCUCCGGGUUCACGGGCAGAAGGUCCUGGGGCUCCCGGGGCUGGCGGGGGCCUUUCGCGUUCUCUCCGACAACGAGCUGGGCGCCGGGCCCGUGCGGAGGCUCCUGGCCCCCUAGGAACCCAGACUCUCGGGGCUCUCGGGACGAGCGCAGCGAGGGCCGGCCGGGGGCUGAGGGGCCGGGAGCUCGGGGCCGCGGAUCCCGGGCUGAAGGGCCGGCAGGGCCCCAGCGCCCGGGGGAUCUGGACUCUCCAGGCUCUCUCCGGCGUUCCCGCAUCCUCUCCUCCGCUCCCGGCCGCUGCGCGUCCGCUCUGGCUCUUGCUUUCGCUGCUCCGGGUGCGAGCCCGCCCGGCGGUGGAGACGCCGCCUUAUUGCUCCGCCCCGGCGCCCAGGUGUGCGCCCCCCCCCCCCCCCCGCCCCGCGCCUCCCGCGCCCGGGGCCCAGGUGCUGCCGCGGAGGCCCCGGCGCCCGAGCCCCAGCGGCUGCCUGGACGCCAGAGACCCCCGCUCUGGCCCUGA